UGGCAAGACAGGCGAUAGUUGUCUGCUGUGUUAAGAAAACAUCAGGCUUUCAUUCCAGUGAGAUCAUCUACAUUGUACAUUUGGAAUACCAACACUUUCCGUGUUUAUGAGCACAUUGCAGGGAUUUUAUUUACUCUGAAGCUUAUUUUGCGUUGGAUUUAUGGCGACUCCGAGACGUCGACAGAGAAAUCAACUUCCACACUGUUAUUACGAAGGAUUUCUAGAAAUUAGGUCUUUACAUGAGCAGGGAUCAAGACGACUGUGGACAUGCCUUUGUGGAGAUGCGCUAUUUUUCUUCAACAACAACAAAGACAGCCAGUAUGUGGAGAAGAUGGAGCUGAGCAGCUUCCUGUCCAUAUCUGAUGACUCCAGUCCAGACAGGCACCUCAACACAGCAGGCCUGGUAGUCUACACCAAGGACGAUAACAUCAGACUGACGGCAUCUAGUCUGGAGGCAAGGGAGCAGUGGAAGGGCUACAUCCUCUCUGUGAAAGACCUGGACGUGCCCACAUGCCUCAACCUGCUGCCGGGUCAGGUCCAUGCCAUGAAGGUGGUGGUGGAGGAGGAGAGGGAGAGGCGCCGCUCGCUCCCCACCCCAUCCCCAACCCAAUCCCUAUCCCCGCCACCCAGCAAGUACACAGCCGAGUGCACAUCGCCACUCUACCUCUCCGUGGUGUCGGAAAUGCCUGAGUGUUAUGAGACAGUGUCACGCACAGAGGCCGAGCUUCUUCUGGAGAGGAAUACAGGCAGGGGCAACAUGCUCCUGAGGCCGGGCAGAGACGGAAGCUCUUUUGCUGUCACCACUCGCCAAGAACUUAAUGGGUCCGUGUUCAAGCACUAUCGCGUCAGCCGCAACCCAGAUGGCGGAUUUUACAUCGAUCUGGAGAAACCGAUUCAUUGUGCGACACUGCACGAAGUUGUGGACUAUCUGGUGGAGAAGACGGCUGGGGCAUUGCAGCCCUUCGUAUUCGACAAGCCGUAUGAAGAGAAAAUCACAUUUGUUCAGGCCAAUGAGGAGAGUGGGGAGAAGAACUUGCAUUCCAUUUCCCCCUGCGCUAAACCACCUCCCCUACCAGCUUGGCCCAAGCCGACCAUAGAGCCAGAAACAGAGUCAGAGGAAGAGGAGGAGAACGUCUACUUAAACCCAGAUGACGAAAUCCCAAAGAAUGAGGAAGCACCUGCACCAGACUUAGACACCUUGCCAAUGGCUCUGCCACCCAAGCCAAAGCCAAUACCAGCUCGUCGUCAGUUCCAACAGUCAAAACCUCUCCCCAUCAAACCACCUGACAGGAGAGACAGCCCAGUUCCUCCAUCCUUCACCUCCACCCCUCCAGUUCCUGAAAGGAAAGCCAUAAUUCCCCCGAAACCUGCCAUUGGCUUAGGCCUGAAACAAAGAAGUGUAGACAUCCCUGUGGGCCAGCUGCAUGACUUGGCACUAACAGAACUUCAAAUGAGGUUGCAACAGAGGCGUGCCAAAGAGUCGUGAUGCACAGAGGAGAGCUAGAGAGACCCUCCUCUACAGUGAAGAUCAUCUGAAGACCUAAACCAAAACCAUGACCCAUGCACACAUACGCCUCCGUCUGACUGUAUAGGGCUUUUUUUCUCCUGGACUGGAGCUUGAGAAGUCAUCAGCAUACAAAACAACCCCAUUAUGGCGGCCACAUAGGCGGUCACAGUUGAGGGACAUGAUGGGUUGCCAUGGUGUUUGGUGUUGUUGUCUAUGUGUUUGGUAUUGUUGACAAGCUGUUUGGGGUUGCCAAAUUGUUUGGUGCCCCCUUGUCCACGGUUCGAUAGGCUGAACCAUCAGACAUCCCAUCUUUCAGGUGUUGAACACUUAACAUCUCAUCAACCUAACCCUCUCAGAACUAAAUUAAUAUGAACUGCCUGUACAUCAGCGUUAGUAUCCAGUUAGGUUCUCACUGCAUCAGUAUUUCUGUGUAUGCACCUUU